AUGCCGCUUAAAGAUUUUUGUACAUACUCAGAGAAUAUUGAUUAUCAGUUCGAUGAUGAAGAACCAUUAAAUAUGCAACAUCCAAAAAAAGAAAGUUCAAGUGAAAAUGAAGAAGAAAGUGGCGGUGAUGAAGACGACAAUGAUGAUAUACAUGAGAUUAUUAAUUUAUUUAAUAUUAAUCGUGAACGAAAAUUAUAUACAUCAUGUAAUUUAUCAAUUUAUGAUGCUUGUAUCGAAGUAGUUAAACUUUCUCGUGAUUUAAAUUUGAACAAAUUACAAAUACAACGUUUAUUAAAUGGACUACAUCUUUUACUACCAAGUGAAAGUAAACUGCCGCGAACAGCAUCCAGUCUGUUAAAGAUUGUUGAUGUUAACUCUUCUAAGAAAGUAUCUUAUUAUUGUCGGCAAUGCUUUCAUCCUUUAUUAUCUGUUCAACAAAUUGCAUGUACAAAUGAAUGUUUUCUGAACAAUCAACGACGUUCAUUGAAAAAUAUUAGUGAAUUAGUGAUAUGUGAUGUCAAAAAAGAAAUAUUAACAACAGCAAAAAGGUAUAUUGAUUUAAUUCAGGAAUAUCAAUAUGAAUCAAGUAUUAUUUUUCCUGAUGAUGUAUUGAAUGGGCCGAUUAGUAUUUUUUUCUUCAAUUGAUUCAUAAUGUAAAUUGUCAUGGAUCAUAGAUAAUUUAUUAAAAAACUACAACUGACGGAUAUAGGUUCACAUUGAUUUAUUUUAACGAGAAGAGUUCGAUCAAUGCUAUAAUUAAAAAGAAUUAUAUUCUCAGUAAUUAAAUUUUUGUAUAGGAAUAAACCUUAUUUCUAUUCCUUUUAAUAAUUCUUGACAGUUUCUGAUUGAAGUAAAUUUUACUUUAAUAGAUUUAUAAAAAUUUACCAUCGAAUUCAUGCAAUAAUCUCACAUUAAUGCUUCACACAGAUGGAGCAUCAGUCACUAAGAUCGGUGGAAAAUCCUUAUGGCCGGUGCAAUGUACAUUAGUGGAAAUUUCACCUCCUCUUAGGGAUCGAGUUGAUUCUACAAUGAUUUUUGGUGUUUGAUUUGGUAGUACGCAUCCUAAUCGAGAUUUAUUAUGGCCCAAAAUUGUUGAGCAAAUUUCCGAUUUAUUUAAAAAUGGAAUCACCAUUAUUACUUAUGUUGGUAAAAGGCUGAAAUUUUCAAUUCGUGCACAAUUAGUUACAUUUGACUUGCCAGCUCUUGCGCAGAAUUGUAAUAUCAUUCAACUUAAUGGUUAUGACGCAUGUUCUGAUUGUAAUAUUCAUGGGUGUGGGUGUGGGUGUGCUUGUUCCUCUUUCAAGCAAAGUCACAUCCCCCCCUCCCCCACUCCCACACCCAUAUAUAAAUCGACUCAGUUUUUAACGCUGAUUCCGAAUCUGAUAUUAGUUUUAUACCGAAUUGUAGCUUUCUAAGAAAACAUCGCCUGAAAAAGGUCUCAAAAUGCACAAAAACUGCAUCCAGAAAGCAAAUUGCCUAGAUAUGUCUCAGAUGAUAAAAAACAAAGUGAAUGUACCUUUUCACUUUUUGAAGUACACAUAACACUCGGAUUUAAAUCCGAGGUUUUCGCAUUUAUUUGUAUAUUAAAAGUUGUAUAUAAUUUUGAUAGAAUAGUAAUUCUGUGUAUAUCUAAAUGAUCUCAAUUCAAUUUCAGUUGGAAAGAAAGAAUUUAUCACA